UUUUUUUCGCUAUGGCGGAUGCUAUCGAGUCUCCAUCCAGGCCUCAGUAUUGUCAUGAUGUGUUCUGGAGUCCCCUGAGCUGCAGAUGGCCCAGUGUAAUCUUUAACCAGCAUUACGGCCUGCCUCCGUUAUUGGACCCUCAAGACCUCAGCUGGGUGGAAGGCGUCUUCAGAAGGCUGGGGACGUCGUCUUGGCCCGGGUACUUGCGCACACCCGCGUUCGCUCAGGCCCCGGGACGGCACAUGUCUAAGCUGAGGCGGGAGAUGAGCGGAGGGGUGUCGGAGGUGGUUGGUGAGAUGUGCAAGUGGAAAAUUAGCUUGGACGUCAAUCACUUCGCUCCCUCUGAGAUCAGUGUCAAGAUACAGGAUGGACUUUUAGUAGUUGGAGGAAAGCAUGAGGAAAGGCAAGAUGAGCAUGGCUACAUUACUAGAUGUUUUACAAGAAAAUACACUCUUCCGGGUGGCGUUGAGGCUGAAAGUCUCCAGUCGCGUCUGUCCGCCGAUGGGAUUCUUACAGUGGAAGCACCAUUACCCAGCAUUCCCCUCCCCUCUGAUGUCGAUAUCCCCAUUCAGGUGGAGGAAACCACUGGAGGAAAACAACAAGAGGAGCUUCAAACCGGCGUCGAAGCUGAGGCCAAACCAGGAUCGUUUGAAGGGGAAACUGUCUCGACUGAGCCUCCCGAACCAGACCAGCAGACUGUAUCUGAGGUAGAUCCAUCUACGGAGCCACAACCGCAGUCCAUCUCAGAAGCUACCGCUGCGUCUGGAAGAGAGCGGGUCGGCGAACCCGGAGAAGAGGACAAAGAAGCUGCUUUUCAAGAGACAACUGAGGGCACCGAGCGAGACGAAGACAAGCCUCAGGCCCCAGAGACUCCAGACACCAUCACCCCGGAGCAAGGAGAGCAGGCAGAGGUCACGCAGCCUCGAGAACUGGAGGGCGAAGAGGGAUAUACAGACCCUGCUGUGACAGAAGAUGAGCAAUCAACCUUCGGGCAAACCCAAGAGCCGUUCGUCCCUCAGCAGGUGCUCCAAAAGGAGAUGGAUGUAGGCAAAAUGUAGGCUGCAAGAUAGCAACACCCCAGCUCUUUCCUCAGCCUUCGAAUUUACUGUAACAUGCAUCUUCUUAGCACUAAUAAAGACCUGAGCAUGAUUGUGUGAAGCUUCUUGUUGUGCUUUACAACAACGCGACCGAUUAAUCAGAGAAAGCUGAGAAGUGAUUCUAACUAAAAGUGACAGAUGGAGAUUGUGGGACCUAGCUGACUUCUCGCUUGCAGAGAAUGUUAUAUGCUUGCACAUUACAUCCCUCGAGUAGUAAAUAUCAUAUAAUUCUCUUCUAACUCGGAUGGUUAUGAUUCCAGCACCUCUUUAUAUCGGUGAUUCAUUAACCUCAAACCCUGAAAAUUACGCGUCGCGAGAGCGUGGAUCGAUUUGAGGAGAAAAAUCCGAUGGGCAAACACAUCGGUUAAUCAGUGGAGUACCGUUUUUUUCAAUAUUUUCUCUCCGCGUCCUCGUCGAGGAGAUUGAAAGCGAGCCAAAGCGUUCGGAAUAAUCUCCACACUAAUCUGUCACCCAAUUACCGCCACCGUGCAGAGACAACUCCCAUGGAGUCGCUCCCAUAAGCACACAGCCAAUCUGCCAAGAGAACACCCAGAUGUGAUAGAGGACAGAGCACUGAGAAACCGAGGAAAGCGUGAUGCUCGAUUUAUUACUCCACGGCAUCAGGAGGUUA